AAGGGAUUCCGGUAGGAAGGAGUGGCGGAAGUAGAAAUUGGGCCUUGGCCCAGUUCAAAUUGGGCCUACCAAUUGAGUGUCGUUGUGGCUUUUGCGCGGAAUCACUCAAGCCCACUGGGGGAGUAAAAGCGGUUAUUUUCAGUUACUUUUACUUACCCAGUGGAGAGCAGAAGGGAAAGAAAGAUUAUGAUAAAAAAGCGAAAAGGACCUCAAUUCCGAAUUCAUUCUUCUUUCCGCCAUUCCCACCGCUGUAAUCUGCAUCCUUGCCCGUUGCCAACCUCUUGCAGGAGAGAAAGACAAGGGAGGACCAACUUGAUGGCGGGGAGAGUGAUAACGGUGGCGCAGGAUGGCACCGGCGACUUCACCACCGUGCAGGCAGCGGUGGACAUUGUCCCGUUCGGGAACAACUUCCGAACAGUAAUCCGUGUUGGCCCAGGAGUUUACAGGCAGCCUGUGUACGUUCCCAAGACCAAAAAUUUCAUAACCCUGGCCGGUUUGCGGCCGGAGGAUACCGUACUUACCUGGAACAACAGCGUCUCCAGAAUCGAUCACCACCAGGGGGAAAGGUUGAUUGGGACGGGGACUUUCGGUUGUGGGAGUGUGAUUGUGGAAGGAGAAGAUUUCAUUGCUGAGAACGUCACUUUUGAGAACUCCUGCCCAGAGGGUUCAGGCCAAGCUGUGGCACUCAGAGUAACAGCUGAUCGAUGUGCCUUCUACAAUUGCAGGUUUCUUGGCUGGCAGGACACACUGUAUUUGCAUUAUGGGAAACAGUACCUGAAGGAUUGCUAUAUUGAAGGAAGCGUGGACUUCAUUUUCGGAAACAGCACUGCGCUCCUUGAACAUUGCCAUAUCCACUGCAAAUCAGAAGGCUUUAUUACUGCACAGGGACGAAAAUCUUCUCAAGAGACAACUGGUUAUGUGUUUUUGAGGUGUGUAGUUCACUGUUUAUAAAAUCUUUUCUCUGUGGUGUUAAGUGUUAACAUCUCUGCAUUGGCUGAGGUCCCUAAUCAUUCUAUUAUGUCGAAUGUGUAGUUCAUAUUUCUCUUUUUAUCAUGAAGUGCCGAACUCUAGAGACCAAGCAAGUCAAAUCAUUGUGUGUGGUUUGAAUUGGUAUAAACAGGCAUUUUAACAUUCUGCUGUUGUAGAAUGGACCUACUCAGCACUUGGUUUCAUGCUAGGUGCUCACUUUCUGCCAGAUUUGCUGCAUAAUUUUAAGUUUCAAAUUUCAACAUAUGAGACAAGGUACAGGGGUCUCACUUGCCAUAAGCUUGUAUUGGUAGCAGCUGCUAUCACUGAACCAUAUGUCUCACCAUGACGUCACUCGUGCCUUGGGUAUAUUGGUCUCUCCGUGUCAAAUCUCUGUCUUUAUGCAGAUGUGUGAUCACUGGGAAUGGUAAGGCAUCAUACAUGUAUCUUGGGAGACCAUGGGGCCCCUUUGGAAGGGUAGUUUUUGCAUACACUUACAUGGAUCAAUGCAUCAUACACACGGGGUGGAACAAUUGGGACAAAGCCGAGAAUGAGAGAAGUUCUUGCUUUUAUGAAUACAGGUGCUAUGGGCCAGGUAGUUGCCCUUCAAAACGAGUUGGGUGGUGUAGAGAGUUGAUAGACGAAGAAGCUGAUCAGUUUGUGAUGCACGGUUUCAUCGAUCCAAAUCCAGAAAGGCCCUGGCUUGCCCAAAGGAUGGCAGUGAGGAUACCGCAUUCUGCCUAGCUUAUAAACUGUAACAUGAUGUUCACUUGUUGUGUGAUCAAUACAUGCCGCAGGCUAAGGGAAACUCGUACCGUUUGAGGUCCUUGGAACUUUAGUGGAAAUAAAACGUAGCCAAAUAGGUGGGUAGAAGUUGUUGCUUGCUGCACUACAGUAAAACAACAUGAAGAAGAGUUUCACAAGGCAUGUGUUUGUAGCUUGAGCAGAUUCCCUCCUAGGAUUUCACUCAAGGGUGCUGCCUAAAUCUUGCCUCCGAACAUCAUGAUGUAUCAUAUAACUGGCUUCUUGGUUUUGGUAAUGAGAAGUACGUUGUUUAAUACUUAGAAACUUGCUUCCUGAAGUCUGCUGUCUGAGCAGCUAAUGAUCAGAGUGUUUGCUUUCUAUCGGCAAAAUGUUGCCGUUCCCUAGGCCUCUUGCAAAAGAUUUUCAAUUAAGAUGGGAAAUUUAU